AUUCCAUUUACUACGUAUAAAUCCUUUCCACUUUCUUUGUCUCCACUAUUGUAGAUUUGUAGCUCUCUUCUCCUUCAUUUUUGGGCGGGAAACCAAGAAACUCCUUUCAACUUCAAAAAUUAUUCCCUUAAUUUCUCUCUCCUUCAUUCCUCUCAUUCCUUCAAUACCCAUUUCCAUGUCCAAAACCCCCACCAGAAGAACCCUAAAAAAUGGCACAAUUUCCUCAACAAAAUCCUCUGAUAUCACCCCCAUCAAGAGGAAACGAGUUGUCAAGCCGAAGAAUACUUCAAACAAUAAAGGGCAAAGUGAAAUUGAAGAUAUUGAGGAUUUAUUGAAGUUCAAAGAGGAAGAAAUUGCAGAAAUUAGGGUUUCUUUGUUGGAAUGGUAUGAUAAAAAUAAGAGGGAUUUGCCUUGGAGGAGAUUGAAAGAUGAUGAUGAUGGAAAAGAGAAAAAGGCAUAUGGGGUUUGGGUUUCGGAAGUGAUGCUGCAACAAACUAGGGUUGCUACUGUCAUUGAUUAUUUUAAUCGUUGGGUGUUGAAAUGGCCCUCCCUUUAUCAUCUUUCACUUGCUUCUCUUGAGGAGGUGAAUGAAAUGUGGGCAGGUUUGGGAUAUUACCGACGAGCAAGGUAUUUGUUAGAGGGGGCAAAAAAGAUUAUUGAAGAUGGUGGGAAUUUUCCCAGAACAGUCUCUUCUCUAAAGAAAGUCCCUGGCAUUGGAGAAUAUACAGCGGGUGCCAUUGCCUCUAUUGCAUUCAAUGAGGUUGUGCCUGUCGUAGAUGGCAAUGUAGUUAGGGUGCUCGCUAGACUGAAGGCUAUAUCUGCAAAUCCAAAAGACUCAGUGACUGUAAAGAAAUUUUGGAGUUUGGCAGGCCAACUAGUAGAUCCUCAUAGACCUGGAGAAUUUAACCAGGCACUUAUGGAGCUUGGUGCUACAAUAUGCACACCAACAAGCCCAAGCUGUUCUGAAUGUCCCAUUUCAGCUCAAUGCCAUGCAUUAGCACUAUCUCGGCAGGGUGGUAUAGUUACCGAUUAUCCACUGAAAGUUGUUAAGGCUAAGCAGAGAAAUGAAUUCUCUGCUGUAUGUGUUUUGGAGGUGACAGAAUCCCAUAAUUUGCUAGAAAACAACCAGAAAUCUAGACACUGCCUUCUUGUAAAGAGGCCCGAUGGAGGCUUGCUAGCCGGCCUUUGGGAGUUUCCAUCUGUGCUACUGGGACAGGAAUCUGAAACAGCGAUUAGAAGGAAAGCAAUUGAUAAAUACUUAAAAACAUCAUUCAAUCUUGAUGCAAAGAAAACUUGCAAAGUGCUUUUAAGAGAGGAGGUUGGAGAGUACGUCCACAUAUUCUCUCACAUACGGCUGAAGAUGUAUGUUGAAUACUUGGUCAUACAUCUAAAUGGUGGGUUGAAACUCUUGCAAAGUGUGUCGGAUGAAGGAAAUAUGAUCUGGAAAUGUGCUGACAGCAAGGAACUUUCAAGCAUGGGUCUGACAUCUGGUGUUAGGAAGGUUUACACCAUGGUUCAGCAAUUCAAAGAAAACAGCUUGACUGCUGCAACUCAAGAUACUAAACAAACAAAAUCAAGAAAGAGAAGAUGAAGUUAUACUUGUAUGCCUUUGCUGGCAUAGAUCAAUAUUUUCUGAUUUUUUUGUAAAUUUUGUGGCAAGAUCUAUGUAUUGAUAAUAGUUUUUCUAGAAGCAAUAUAUUAUUCACACAGAAGAUAUGUAUUUCAAGAUUUCCAACAGAGAUAUGGAGUACUGAGUAUAUUUAUUCAUCACAUUUUUAAUCAUUCAUUAAUGUACCUUAAGCUGGAAAAUAGCGCCUUUUGCUAGAGGCAAUUUUUUUUUUGCUGCAGUUUGCACGUGGAAAUCAGGUGUAUGCAAAGGCCUAACAGAACAAAAAGAAAUGGACCUAAGAAUUUGGCCUUCACAGAAUCACAGGUUAGGAACUCUUGGUGGGGUCU